AUGAUACACUCUGAGUGGGAAGCACCAAUCGAUCCAUUUAAAAUUCUAGAGAAAUAUUAUAAAGAAUUACCAAUAGCAAAACAUAUUUUAAUUGAACAUGGAAAAUCCAUAUAUGGCAAAUGCGAACAAGUCAAUGCAAAACACCCAGAGUAUCAUAUUAAUAUGGAGUUCAUCAAAGAAGUUGCAUACCUUCAUGACAUCGGCAUUUUUCUUGUUGACUCUCCACAAUUUGGAUGUAAUGGAAAAGAGCCAUAUAUCAAACAUGGAAUAUUAGGUGCAGACAUUCUAAGAGAACUUGGAUUGGAAUAUCAUGCACGUGUUGCUGAAAGACAUACUGGAUCUGGAAUUGAUCCAACCCAAAUUGUUGAACAACAUCUUCCUUUACCUACAGAUAGAAUAUUAUUACCUAAAACAAUAGAAGAGAAAUUAUUAUGUUAUGCUGAUAAGUUCUUCUCAAAAUCACAUUUAGAAGAUACAUUAACACAACAAAUGAUUAGAGAAAAACUCCAAAAACAUGGGAAAGAUGUUAUUCAACGAUUAGACGAUUUGUUUAAAAUGUUUGAGUAG